UAUAUCUUUUCCGAUUACAAUAUAUGUUAUAUGCAAGAUGUGGAUGUAUAGAGGAAGUCUCGCAUUAAUUGCUGGCUCGAAUCAAAGAGUACCAAAGACUGACGAAAGCCUACAAAAAAGCAGUGACAAAAGUGAUUAUCUAUUGACUCAUGUUGAGUCAACCCACGACAAUUAUCAGCCCCUAAAGGGAUCUCUUUCCUACAACUGUAACUUUCUGUCGACAAGCGGCCAGAACAAGGAAUUUGGAAUUGGGAGACGCCAUCGAGAUCUAACCAAAGACGAAACAAGUCAAAAUGGAUCCACAUGGAGUAGGUCAAAGUCGAAGUCGAAUCCUAUGAAAUUUGAAAGUCUGCUUACAUUAGGGGAGCUGGAAGUAUUAAGUACCUCACACACAACAAAUGGGGACUACGAGUGUGUCAAUAACUUGACUUUUGCGGACCUUAGAAAUGCAUGUAACUUGUCAAUCCAUCAAUAUGAGUGUGGCUGCAGCUUGUGCCUAAACAGGAACAAUACAAUAUUAUCAAUUGCCUUAAAGGCUAAGCAUUUUGUGGAUCAAGCUAUGUAUAAUCCUUGUGCAACUACAUAUCCAGAUUCAGAUUUAGUUUUCAAAUCAGAUAAUGUGGUUCAUUCUUUUCGAGGAAAGUAUCAGAUUUAUUUGAUUCAUUUAACGCACUUAGUGCUGGUAAUUGCGUGUCUGCGUGGAGUAAUCUAGAUUCUAGAGCAAGAGUACGAUUGCAAAUAUUAUACAAAUAUCUAGAAA